GUAUUUGAAGCAAAUAAACCUGUCCUACAAGUGGCUGAUCCCGAAAUCAUCAAACAAAUUAUUGUCAAGGAUUUCAAUAAAUUUGUGAACCGGAGGUCAAACUCAAACAUAAGUCAUCCUGUCUUUGACCUGAAUCUGGCGGCGGCCAAAGAUGAGGACUGGAAACGGAUCCGAUCGAUAGCCAGCCCUACGUUCACAUCGGGAAAGAUGAGGAAAAUGUAUCCAUUGGUGAGACAGUCGUUGAAUGAAUUUCUCGACGUUUUAGACACUUAUGCGAAACAAAGGAAAGACAUAAAUGUGAAGGAUAUGUUUGGUUGUUAUACAAUGGAUGUGAUCGCCAACUGUGCCUUUGCUACCAAAACCAAUACCCAUAAGGAUCCUAACGAUCCGUUUAUCAUAAACGCCAGAAAUUUCUUUAAGCCUUCCGUUUGGAGAUUUUUUGUCGUCACCCUAUUUCCGGCAUUUGUAUUGAAAAUGAUAAAUAUCCGGACGUUUAUCGAUGAGAACUCCAUCACAUUCUUCUGUGGUAUUGUGACACAGAUAUUAAAAAUGAGACAAAAGUCGGAUAAGAAAUACAAUGAUUUCAUGGCUCUUAUGAUGAAUGCCGAGAAGGGAAGCCAUAGUAAUAGGGAUGAGACUGAUAUACAUGAGGCACACCAUGUCAAUGAAGGAGCGGAUGAAUUGGCCGUCGAGUCCAAGGUGUUGGACAUAAAGCUAUCAAAUAAGAUGUUAACUGAGGGCGAGAUACAGGCGCAGGGGAUUGUCUUCUUUGCGGCCGGUUAUGAGACAACGGCUACUCUUCUGACGUACUGUUCCUAUGAAUUGGCACUCAAUGCACACAUUCAGCAGAAAUUAUACGAAGAAAUCCGGUCUUCGUUUGACUCAAACGGAGAGAUAGAUUACAAUCUGUUGGCGAGACUCCCGUAUUUGGAUGCAGUCUUAUCGGAGGCACUGAGACUCCAUUCGCCGGCCAUUAAACUGUCGAGAGUUGCCUCAGAAGACUACAAAUUAGGAGACACCGGGAUUACUAUCCAAAAGGGACAGACGGUUGAAUUUGGGACGUAUGCCAUCCAUCACUCGGAGGAGUAUUACCCGAAUGCAGAGAAGUUCACUCCCGAAAGGUUUUUGCCAGAAAACAGACACAAAAUACUUCCCUACACUUACCUACCCUUCGGUGCCGGUCCUCGU